AGGGGACAUACAGCAGGACUUUCCUUACAUUGUUGGUGAGUUUGCAACAACUCCCUGUGCUCUGGGCUCCUCCAGCUCUGGAUUCUAACUCCCUGGGCUCCCAGCCAUCCCUCCAGCACACCCCCUGUCCAGCUGAUGCCUCUCUCACACCUCCCCGGCUAACUGGUGAUUGCAUUAUUAAUAUUAUUUUAAAUCUGGCACAGCCCCCCCAUCUCUCAUCACAGACACUGGCAUGAGUUAACCAGCCAUGGACACCAAGCAUUUCCUGCCUCUGGAACUGGUGCAGGAAUCGUGGGAAAGGCGAUCUUUCAGGAGAGAUUUUUCUACCCAGAUCAACUCCACGUCCCUAAACUCCCAAAAUGUUCGUGGGUCUAUGACUGCACCGUUGCUUCAUCCGUCUCUUAGCAAUUCUGGGUUAAGCUCUUCGCUGGGAUCCCCAACUCAACUGCACUCGCCUCUCAGCUCCCCCAUCAAUGGAAUGGGACCACCAUUUUCGGUUAUCAGCCCACCCUUGGGCCCCUCUAUGUCUAUCCAAUCCACGGCUGGCCUUGGCUAUGGAACCAGCAGCCCCCAGCUUCAUUCCCCCAUGAACUCUGUCAGCAGCACUGAAGACAUCAAGCCUCCCCCCGGUAUAAACGGCAUCCUUAAGGUACCAACGCACCCCUCGGGACCAAUGGCAUCUUUCACAAAGCACAUAUGCGCCAUCUGCGGGGACAGAUCAUCAGGUAAACAUUAUGGCGUUUACAGCUGUGAAGGCUGUAAAGGCUUCUUCAAGCGGACCGUACGGAAGGAUCUGACAUACACUUGCCGCGAUAACAAAGACUGCCUGAUCGACAAGCGGCAGCGGAAUCGAUGUCAGUAUUGCCGGUACCAGAAGUGUCUGGCCAUGGGGAUGAAGAGAGAAGGGAUGGAACCCCAUCCAUCCCAGCAUACAAGAGAUCUCCGCUGUCAGGCUGAACAAGCUGUACAGGAGGAGAGGCAGAGGGGUAAAGACCGGAAUGAGAACGAGGUAGAGUGUUCAAGCAGCGCCAACGAAGAUAUGCCGGUGGAGAAGAUCCUCGAAGCUGAACUGGCGGUGGAACCAAAGACUGAGACGUACAUUGAGGCAAACAUGGGCCUUACCCCCAACUCUCCGAGCGAUCCCGUCACCAACAUUUGCCAAGCGGCAGACAAGCAGCUCUUCACCCUGGUAGAAUGGGCAAAACGAAUCCCUCAUUUCUCAGAACUGCAGCUGGACGACCAAGUGAUAUUAUUGAGAGCGGGUUGGAAUGAACUGCUCAUUGCCUCCUUCUCCCAUCGAUCGAUAGCGGUCAAAGACGGAAUCCUUCUCGCUACUGGACUGCACGUACAUCGGAAUAGUGCGCACAGUGCUGGCGUGGGAGCAAUCUUUGACAGAGUCCUAACAGAAUUGGUGUCCAAAAUGCGAGACAUGCAGAUGGACAAGACCGAGUUGGGUUGUCUGAGAGCAAUUGUCCUGUUUAAUCCAGAUUCAAAAGGUCUUUCGAAUCCCUCAGAGGUAGAGGCUCUUCGUGAGAAAGUCUAUGCAUCUUUAGAAGCAUACUGUAAACACAAGUAUCCGGAACAGCCAGGGAGGUUCGCCAAACUUCUGUUGCGUUUGCCUGCGCUACGAUCAAUUGGCCUAAAAUGCCUAGAACACCUUUUCUUCUUCAAGCUAAUAGGAGACACACCAAUUGACACCUUCUUAAUGGAGAUGCUGGAAGCUCCUCAUCAAAUGACUUAAAAGCAACGAGGUCUUUUUUUUUUUUUUACACGUGCAGAGGGCUACGAACUCCUCUUUUGAUGCCCUCAGAGACACUGUCGUCUCCUCUACAAAUACAGAAAACGUCCAACGACCCCACCCUAUGUCACAUGUGCGCCUUUACUCCAUUCAAAGAGCUAGAGAAAUGCUCUUACGUCCCGUCAUGGACCGCAAGCCGUGAUGGGCGUCUGGGGCACACACAGGCUGGGCUCGCCCUCUCAGCCUCUUUGGAAGAGAUGGUUUGGUUGUCGCUGCUGAAGCUUCAGUUGCUGUUUAUCGUUGUUUGGCUUCUCGUGGCCCUAUGUUUAUAUGAAACCGAAAAAGAAUCCACACAGUAUUCUAAUGGUGAAUGUAUUUUUUUUUUUUUUUUUUUUUUUUAUAUGAUGUGUACAAGGACGGUGGGCAACUGUUUUCUGAUCCUUCGCCCGCCCUCAAUGACCCACAGAGGUCAGGGUUGUCCGUGAUUGGAGGAGUUAACCCAAAUAGACCUUCUCCAGCACAUACUUUGAGUGUCCGUAUCUAUUCCACAGGCAGUGAGACAUAUGGCUUGUUACCCCAUACUUGACGUUUGGCCUUAAUUAUCAAAAGAACAUCUCAAUAUCAAGCUGACUUUUUGUUUCACUCAGAGGCUGAUAUUCUGAAGACAUUUGGCCUUUAAACUGGACUAACCUGUGGCGGAAAUACGAAGGAGGUGCGAAACGUAGCUCUACUGCCUAAUUUCUCAUUUUUAAAGAACUAUUUGGUGAUUGUUUAGCUUGUCUAUAAGGCGCUUUGAAUCAACGCACUACAGAAAUACUUUGUUAUUAUGUAUACAAGAAAUUGUAGAAAAAACCACGGCUGGAAUUUGCUGCCUCUUUAAAAAAAGAAAAGAUCUUCAUUAACAGUGGGGCCACUGUUGUUUCCACGGGUAGUUUUCAGGGAUAAAGCCUCCCCAUUUUUCAUGUGUUUCAUGUAUAUUGUGGCUCUUCUUUAAAUGCCCUACCUCUGGGGUGGAGUGGGGUGGCUGUCCAAGCAAAUGGAAAGCCACGUAUUGGCCACUACAAUGCUGGAGAGAGCUCUCUAGAGCGUCACUUACUCUCUAGCUAUUAAAGGGGUUCUCGAGGCAGAAAAUCCGAGCCAUGGUCAAAUGUUCUUUAAAGAAAA